CUUUUGAUUAAAAAAAAAAGAAAAAAGAAAGAAAGUCUCUAAAAAAUUAUGCCCAAAGUCCUCGUCACACGUAUUCUCCCUCCACACGCCCAAGCGCGUCUGGAAAGUCAGUCCUUUGAAUUAAUUCAAUGGAAACAAGACAGUGCUAUGCCACGCAAAGAACUACUUGGUCAAAUCAAGGGAGUUGAUGCCUUGAUUUGUCUAUUGACCGAUCGUAUAGACGACGAGCUUCUGGAUGCAGCAGGACCCCAGCUUAAGCUAGUUGCGACAAUGAGUGUAGGAUACGAUCAUGUAGACGUGUCUGCAUUAAAGAAACGUCGUAUUCCACUUGGAUACACUCCCGAUGUACUCACUGAUGCUACGGCUGACCUGACUGUCCUAUUAACUAUGGGUGCUGCCCGUCGCAUGAAAGAAGGAAUCAUCGCUGCAGAAAAAGGAGAGUGGAGAGAGUGGCGCCCGACAUGGCUAUGUGGAUCCCAGUUCAGUAACAAGACCUUGGGUGUGGUUGGACUGGGCCGUAUUGGUGAAGCUGUUGCCCAUCGCCUCAAGGCAUUUGGUAUCAGCAAAGUGGUUUACUGGGGUCGAAGUGAAAAGGUCGAGACUGGCAAGCGUGUAGGAGGCGAGUUUGUGUCCUUUGAUCGAUUACUGGCAGAGUCGGACUAUGUUACGGUCUGUUGCGCCCUCACCAAAGACACCAAAGAGCUCUUUGAUUACAACGCAUUCUCAAAAAUGAAGAAAUCUGCUAUCUUUGUGAACACUGCAAGAGGUGGUAUUGUUCAACAGGAUGAUCUUGUGCGUGCAUUAGAAGAGGGUCUUAUUGCUGGUGCAGGUCUUGAUGUGACCACUCCAGAACCACUGCCUUUGGAUAACAAGCUUCUCAAGUUGCCCAACUGUAUUGUAUUGCCUCAUAUUGCGAGUGCAACCAAUGAGACGCGUGAGAGGAUGGCUGAUAUGUGUGUUGAAAAUGUUUUGGCCGGACUUAGCAACCAAGCCUUACCUUUCUCCGUUACAGAAUAACCAAAAAAAAGAAGCAAAUACUGAUGAUAAUAGCAAUAUUAAUAGUAAUAGUUAAAAGAAAAGAGAAUGAAUGAAAGUACCUUUUCUCAUUAUUAUCUUGUACAUGUAAUAUAUGUAUUUAUUUUAUUUUAUUUUAUUUUAUGUUAUUUUUGCUCGCUUAGUAGCUAAUAGUAAAUUACAUCAAUGGGAGAUUUGCAGAAAUAUAUGUCAAUAUUUGUGUAUUAAAUGGAUGUUACGCAGGUUCCAAAGACACGACGGAUCAUUUCUCGACCGUAUGGAAUGUAACUUGCUGAAUACCACACCAAAGCGCAAAAUUGGAUAAUAACCAAGACAAUUGAUAGCGCAAAUACUUUGAGAGUGAUAGAGAGUACAAGAGUGAGGACUAGUAAGGCGAUGUAUGUUGUUGUUGCCCAGAAUCGCACUGGUGCAAACAUUGUCUUGAUUUGCUUGGGAAUACCGAUAAUAAAUGUCAAACUGAAGAGAGAUAUCACAUUACCAAUGGUGUACAGAAUAGCAAAGCCAGUGACAUUUAGUGUCAAGAGCAUUAAUGUAGACAGAAUAGAGAUGAGCAUGCCCGCGACAAAGCAUGCACCAAAUGCAUAUAGUCGUUGCAUUUUAGUCAAACCACAAAACUUCCAGUUGCCAUCGUCCAUGACGCCCUGGUCACUAAAAUCAGCCGAGAAGAAACCAAACGCCAUUAUUCUGGUUUAUAUGAAAUGAGUAUAAUAGAAAUAAUAUU